AGCCCAUGUUUGGUUAGGCUUUUUAAGAGCUAGGAAAGGGAUUCAUUUAAGGUAAUCCGUUAGCUGCUGUUUGGUUUAGACAUUGGGUUAACCAUUACCCUUACCUAGGGUUAACCCAAUCCAUCCAAUUGAUUCCCCUCAAAUUAGACUGGAAACGAAAUCCAUUCCGCUCCAUUCCCCGUUCUCUUCAAAACAUUUUUUCUCCUUUCACGCUUUCUCUCCAUUUCGCAACUUUUCUCUCUGGUUUCCGUCGAGCUUCAUCAAGAUCUCCAUUGAAGAUCUCCAUUUCCGUCAAGCUUCAUCAACAUCUCCAUUGAAGAUCUCCAAUUCCGUCGAGCUCAGAAAUAUUUGGAGCAUUUAGGUGAAAUUUCUGCUUGAAGUGUGCUGUUAGGUUUUCACUAUGACUCGUCUUAUGCGAUCGGUAGAAAGGAUAAGAAGGCUAAAACAACUUCAAUUAGGGAUUGUGAAAAGAAGAUGCUGCAAGUAGAAAAAAAUGUGUUUGAUGAAUGGGUGACGACUCAUAAGAAAGCAAAGGGAUUAUAUGGGGCUCCAUUUCCCCAUUAUGAUACACUUGUUGAAAUUUAUGCCAAAGAUAAAGCAACCGGAGAUGUUAGUGAGUCUUUUGUAGGAGCUAUCAACAACAUGGAUGUUGAGUUUGCUAAUGAACCAUUGGUGAUAGAGAGUGAUGAAGAAGAUGAUGCAAAUUCAGUAACUCAUUCCGGGAAGCGUCCAAUGAAAAAGGAGUUUAAUGACCCAACUCCUUUGAAGAAAACAAAGCUCAAAGAUUUGAAGGGAAAAGGAAAAGGGCAAAGUAAAGUAAGUGAUGUCGAUGGAUUAGCUAGUUCUAUUCAAAGUGUUUCAACCAAUUUUCAGAAGAUAUUUGAGAACAUCAAUGCAAACUUGGGAACUAUGGCUUGUGCUUGGGCGAAAGCGGAAGAAAGGGAACAAAAGUUGGAUGAUAAGGCGAACAAAGUGCUAGAAGAAGUGAUGAAGUUAGAUGGCCUUUCUCCUUCCGAAGCUUUGGAAGUGGCUACAAUUCUCAUGGCGGAAGAACACAAGCGUCACAUAUUUUAUCAAGCUCCAAUGAACUUGAGGAGGCAAUAUGUCAUUGAUCUUCUCAAGAAAAAGUAGAGCUAGUAUGUAAUUCCUAGUAACAUCUUAUGUCAAGCAGUUAAAUAUCAUGUUUUUGCUUCUUUAUGUUGAUAUGGUGAGAAGUAGAGUGCUCUUAAUUCAAGACUGUGCUGCUGUCAGUAUGAUGCAAUGUUUCUUGAGAAAUAGGGAAUUCAUUUGAUAACCUUUAUAUCCCAAGACUUUGGUAUACAUGAGAAAGAGACAUUUUUAUUUAUUUA